GUCACAUUGCCUUGUGUGUCCUAUUUUUAGGACACUUGGAAACGGUUUCUCCAACUCACACAACAAGCACCAAAAAGAUGACGGUGGUGACGCUGCUGGUGUCUGGCUCGACGGCCAAGGUGCACGCAGAGAAGCGCUUCAACAAGAGCGACACGCUCGGCGAUGUCAAGGGAAAGCUGGAGCUUGUGGUCGGCAUCCCUGCAGCCUCGAUGCGGCUGAAGCUCAAGGAUGAGACUGGAAACAAUGUGUGCACCAUGGAGGGUGAUGACACCAUGCUCGGCGCCUUUCCCGUCCGCGACUUCAUGAGCCUCUUCGUUGAGAACACAGACCCGAGUGCGACCGUGGGUGAGUUUGACGAUGUGUCCAAGGUGAAGAAGUUUGAGCUGACGGAGGAAGAGUACGAGACGCGUCGCGGCACCGUCCGCGAGUUCAAAGAGAAGAUGAAGCUUGGUCGCUUCGACCCGGAAUACCAGAAACAGCUUGAAGAGGCGCAGAAAGAGGAGGAGGAUAUGGUGAAGGCGAUGAAGGUUGGCGACCGAUGCGAGUGCGACACCACAAAGGGCACGCAGCGCGGCACCGUGCGGUUCAUCGGGCCGACGGAGUUCAAGGAGGGCUUGUGGAUUGGCGUGCAGCUGGACGAGCCGUUUGGAAAGAAUGACGGAAGCGUGAAGGGUGUGCGGUAUUUCUCGUGCCCGCCCAAGUACGGCGCGUUCCUCAAGCCAAAGGCCGUGCGUGUCGGCGACUACCCCGAAGAGGACAUUGGCCUGAGCAGUGACGACGAGUUGUAGUCAACGGCAUCUGCGUCGCCCUCAAAGGGAAAGUACCCCGUGUUGGCCCACUCAUCAGGGUCAUCCAACACAAGCUGCUUGUCCUCCUUGCUCUGAUCAAACUGCAGCAGAAACUUUUGAAGCUUAAAGUGCCGGUGUGCAUAGUAAACAGCCAUGCCCAGUGCCAUCCCGCCAAGCAGCGCGCCCACCACAAUGCCGGCAAUCUUGACCUUCUUGUC